AAUCACCCACGCUAAGCGAAUGCAGACCGCCAAUACAAAUACCCACCACUCCCACAUCCUUCGCCUCUUCCUCUUCUUCCAUCAACAACUCCACUUUCGACCAACGAUAAUCAACCAUCCACUUCAUCAACAACCCCAUAACAUCCAUCAUCAUCAACAAUGGCUCGUACCAAGCAAACUGCCCGUAAGUCCACUGGUGGCAAGGCUCCCCGCAAGCAGCUCGCAUCCAAGGCCGCACGCAAGUCCGCGCCAUCGACCGGAGGUGUCAAGAAGCCCCACAGAUACAAGCCAGGAACUGUCGCUCUCCGUGAGAUCCGUCGUUACCAGAAGUCGACUGAGCUCCUGAUCCGCAAGCUCCCCUUCCAGCGUCUCGUCCGUGAGAUCGCCCAGGACUUCAAGUCCGAUCUCCGCUUCCAGUCUUCCGCCAUCGGCGCUCUCCAAGAGUCCGUUGAGGCCUACCUCGUCUCCCUCUUCGAGGACACCAACCUGUGCGCCAUCCACGCCAAGCGUGUUACCAUCCAGUCCAAGGAUAUCCAACUCGCCCGCCGCCUCCGUGGUGAGCGUUCUUAAAUUUCUACUUGGGUUCUCGACUAUCAAGAUCAUGCCUGAUGUACGCGCAAUUGCCUUGACCGCAUGCCUACGGGUUUGGGUGGGAUAUUGAGAUCGCACGUUUGGUAUUGAUCUGGUGGAUGCAAUAAUGGUUACGGGGUGGGGUUUAUGGGUUCGGCAAUGGAGUUAUCUGCCUU